CCAGAUAAUCGAUUCAGUCUGUUUCUCACUGUCGCCGCAAUAACUGCAAUCAUUUGAUCACUCUUCAGAUCGGUUGCUUUUGAGUAGGAAGAUUAAAUUUAUUCAAUAUGUUCAGAACAAUCACACGCGAUUUGAGAAUCGUUGUUUUGAUGAUUACAAUUUAUCAAGCGAUUCACAUUUCUGCCCAAUCCAAAUACCAUAUCGCACCGUACGAUAGCAAUUGGUUUGAGGCCUCCGAGUACUGCCAUCGAAUGGGCAUGCGACUUGCCAUAGUAGAUUCGGAGGAAAAACAAACCGCCAUCGUUAAGGAAGCCAAGGCGGCCGAGUUACACGGGUCCGGAUUUUUCGGUGUUUGGCUUGGUGCUACCGAUCUGGCUAGGUCGAAAAGUUUUAUCUGGCACAGCACCGGAGCGCGGCUGCGUUACGCAAACUGGGGCGAAGGUGAGCCCAGCGGAGGCAACGAACAUUGCGUGGUUCUGUACUAUUGGCCAGCGCAGGGUUUCAACUGGACGUGGAAUGAUGCGCCCUGCAGUACGGAGCUGUAUGCCAUUUGCGAAAACAUUGAGAAGACGUCGUGUAUUCAACAAUUCUAGAUGAAAUAGUGCGUGAUUGUGAUGAUAGUUCAAUAAAUGAUGUUCCUAUAUGCGGUGCAUUGUUCUCAACGUUAA